AUGGGCCCCAGAGAUGAGGCAUCUGCUCCGCUUUCGACGACUCAAUUGGAGGCUGAUGACCCUCAUGGUGCACGGAAAGGGAGAGAGAGCAACCCAAAAAAUGAAGAUUCUCAUUUACCAACAUCGACCCCCACGGAAAAUCCUUCUUGGACCAAAAAUCACAGCGAGGGUAUCGAAGUUGUAGAUGAGAGACACACUUCGCGACUGUGGCUACGUCGAAUUUUUAAACACGGACGAUAUCCUUUAUAUGGGAUUGUAUGGCUGCUGUUCACUGGAUGGUGGAUUGCAGGCCUCAUUCUACAUCGUCACGAUCUUGGGUGGUUGAUCCCUUUUCUCUUAUAUCUGGUCAUAACCCUUCGUAUCAUUUUCUUAUGCGUGCCAAUUACCCUCGUUACGGUUUCUAUGCGCUGGAUUUGGGGCAGAACUGCCAUUCCGAUCGCCCACUCUAUACCCCAGAGAUGGAAAACGUCUGUCAGCGCCCUUUUGGUAGCAGCUGUGAUCUUAAUCGGCGCAUUUGUCUCCCCGGAGUCCGCUGACAACACUCACGAAAAUCGUGCCGUCAGCCUCGCGGGAUUGGUUCUUCUUAUUGCCAUCUUAUACUUCACUUCGAAAGACCGGAAACGAGUCAACUGGCAUCCAGUCAUUGUUGGAAUGCUCGUACAGUUCAUUAUCGCUCUGUUCGUUCUACGUACUAAGGCUGGGUACGACAUGUUCAACUUCAUUUCGAGUCUUGCUACGGGUCUACUUGGAUUUGCAAAGGAUGGCGUCGGAUUCUUAACCACCAGUCCCAUUCCAGCCAGUAUUAAUUCGUGGUUCUUGGUUAUCGCGCUUCCGGCUAUUAUCUUCUUCGUGUCCCUCGUUCAAGUACUAUUUUACGUCGGCGUUCUCCAAUGGUUCCUGGGAAAAUUUGCGGUAUUCUUCUUUUGGAGUAUGCGAGUCUCCGGUGCCGAAGCAGUUGUGGCGGCUGCUUCUCCGUUCAUCGGCCAGGGAGAAUCCGCAAUGUUGAUUCGGCCUUUUAUUCAGUAUCUAACCCUGGCUGAGCUUCAUCAAGUCAUGUGUUCUGGCUAUGCUACGAUCUCUGGUAGUGUCCUUAUUGCAUACGUUGCCAUGGGUGUCAAUCCCCAGGCUCUCGUCUCUGCUUGUGUGAUGAGUAUUCCGGCAUCACUUGCCGUAUCCAAGCUACGUUGGCCGGAACAAGAAGAGACUUUGACGUCUGGCCGGGUGGUGAUUCCCGAAGACGAUGAAAAUCGACCCACGAACGCCCUAGAAGCUUUUACGAACGGAUCAUGGCUGGGCCUGAAGAUCGCAGGAAUGAUCGGUGCGACGCUUCUUUGUAUGAUAUCUCUCGUCGGACUCGUUAACGGUCUCCUCACGUGGUGGGGUCGUUAUAUCAAUGUCGAUGGACCAGAUUUAACUUUGGAGUUGAUUCUCGGAUAUAUCUGCUACCCAAUUGCCUUCUUUCUAGGGGUUUCUCGGGAUAAUGAUGACAUUUUGCUCGUGGCGCGACUCAUCGGAAUAAAGUUGAUAACUAAUGAGUUCGUCGCAUACAAUGCUCUCCAGACAGACCCAGCCUACGCCAAUCUAUCCUCUCGCUCCCGCCUUAUCGUCACCUAUGGGCUAUGUGGCUUUGCCAACAUUGGCUCGCUGGGUAAUCAAAUCGGUGUCUUCGCCCAACUUGCACCUUGUCGUACUGGUGAUGUUUCACGAGUGGCUAUUUCUGCCUUGAUAACUGGUGCGUUCAGUACUUUUAUUAGUGCCAGCAUUGCCGGGAUGGUUAUCAUUGAUGACUCAAAAUAUGCCACUUGA